AUGGCUGCCUAUAAGCGUAUCCAAUUUGAAGAAAUCCCAACAUCCCCUCUUGGAAAAUGUGUUGAUUUGGCCAGUUCUGCUCUUGGUAGUACCAUCGUAGCUGUAACCGAUGAAUUCUUUGCACCUGCCACAAACAUGAUUAACCCGGCACCACCCGUUCAUGCUCCUGGAAAGUUUAUUGAUACUGGUGCAUGGAUGGACGGCUGGGAGUCGAAGCGUCACAACCCAACUUAUGAUUGGGCAAUUAUUAAACUCGGUUUCUCAGGCUCAUUCCGAGGAUUUGAUAUCGAUACCCAUUAUUUUACUGGUAACCAGGCACCUGCUGCGUCUGUUGAGGCUGCAUUUGUACUCGAUGGCGAUGUCCAGAGCAAGGACACCAAGUGGACCGAAAUCCUGCCCCGCGUAGAUCUUCCCCCGAGCUGUCACAAUGUCUUCUUGCUCGAAAAAGAAACCGCCGUCUACACCCAUCUCCGUCUCAACAAUUUCCCCGACGGCGGCAUUGCUCGUUUCCGUGCCUAUGGCAACGUCAGUCCCAUCUGGCCCCAAGACACAUCUGCAAUUCUUGAUCUUGCAUUUGUUGGAAACGGCGGUCGCGCAGUCGAUGUCAGUAACCAGCACUACACCCCUGGAAGCAACCUUUUGUUGCCCGGUCGCGGACAGAACAUGGGAGACGGCUGGGAGACAAAGCGUUCGCGUGUGCCCGGCCACUCUGACUACGCCGUCAUCCGUCUUGGCGACAAGGGCCACUUGUUAAAAGCCGAAAUCGAUACCUCUCACUACAAAGGAAACUACCCCAACAAGAUCCUUUUGGAAGCAACCAACGUAGGCAACGACGAGGUGCCCGGUCCAGAUGCCCAGUGGACCACUCUUAUUCCAAAGUCCAGCGUUGGGCCUCACAACCUGUUUUACUUUGACUUGCCUCAUUCGGACAAAGUAUUCACUCAUGCCAAGAUUACCAUUAUCCCCGAUGGUGGUCUGAAACGUGUUCGUCUCUAUGGUGUUCGUGAAGGUGGAAAGAUCCCAGCUCUUCCUAUUUCCCUUCCAAAAUUGUAA